AUGAAAUCACUACUGUUCACUAUAAUAGCUCUGUUCUUUGGUCUCUCUGCAGCAAAUAAGAUCAAGGGAUUCGACAUGAGUGAUCCUUGUACUACCUUUGAUUGCUUUAAAAACAACGGCUACACUUUCACAAUUCCAAGAGCUUAUCAAUCAAAGGAAGGCAACUGGUGGCCUGUCAUAAAUAAUUUGAAAAAUGCCCAAGCUGCCGGUAUGGAGUUCGUAGAUGUGUAUUUCUUCCCUUGCAGAGAAUGGGAUGUCAAAUCUCAAGUAAAUACUAUGAUUUAAUACCUGGCUUAAGGUAGAUCGACUGUGAAUGAUCCCAAACCAAACAUCUAGCCUUUCACUGCCAAUCAUGACUUCCUUGAAUGGAGAAAGUCAAAUGUCUAGAAUAAAUAAGAUAACUACGGUAUGGUAUGGAUUGAUGUCGAAUUGGACGAAUGGCAUUAAGGUUGUGACUGGAAAAAGUUUAGUCCAGAAGAGAACUGCCAAUACAUUAGAGAGGCAAUUCAAGCUGUGAAAGAUUCUGGAAGAACACCAGGUUUAUACACCUCUCCUUGGGAAUGGCAACAGGUAAUGGGCACCUAAACCUAUUGUUAGGAUGUCUCAUAUCUUCCUCUUUGGUAUUCAAACUAUGACGGAGAAGAUGAUUACUCAGAUUGGUCUUAGAUUGGAGGUUGGUCACAACCAGCAAUUAAGCAAUACAAUCAAAAUCAAGCUGGUAUUUGUGGACUAAACAUUGAUCCUAAUGUUAUUGUAAGAAAUUCACAGCAUCAGACUUCCGAAUUCCUUGCUUGA